UAGAAUAUCAACGUAUUAACCACCACCUUUUAUUGUGACAGGUCUGUCUAUGCGAUCUCUCUUCAACCCAAAACGCCUUAUCCACGUGCCUGCUUGUUGUUCUACGUCACUUCCUGCGCGGCAAAUAUUUGAAAAGCUAUCAAAUGUUCGACUUAUGUUAGCUUAAAAUUUUCAUUUUCACCCGACUUCUUCCGGGUUGUCCAUGUCGUCUUUUUACCACACUAUUGUGUUUAUUUAAGCCACUGUCGACAUUAUGUUGACUAGUGUUGCUAGGUAACUAACGUUAGGCGUUACCGUCACCGAAGCCGUGCUAACCAUGCUAACCAUAUUAGCAGCUAAGCUUACCUUUAGCGAGGGCAGCCGCACUAAUACAAGUUUGAGACAUUUAUAAAUAACAGUGGUACUAGUGCUGAUAGUCCAGAUGGGUCCACACGGCUCGCAUGUACGUGGGUAACUAACGUUAAAGCUAGAUGUCUUGGCUUGCGAGGACUAUGACUGAUACUCCUCCCGAAGUUGUGUAACGUUAAGUAGCAUUAGUUUAAGCAAAGUUGAUCAUCAUGUCAAAUCAACUGACAGCAGAGCAGCAACGAAAGAUUGAGGAAAACAGGCAGAGGGCUUUGCAGAGAAGAGCUCAAAGACUUGGAAAUACCAGCAGCAUCAAUACGAACACGCCAGUGAGCAUCAGCCGCACUUCUGUGCAGGUACAGCCCUCGGAUCAUGCCGCCCAUCACCGACACCCAGGAGCACUCGGCUCAGCGUUGGCACCAGAACGGGUUGUUCAACCCUUCAAAAGGGAUCUUACGAGCUUCAAUAACUAUAAUCAAGGCCAAAAGUAUAAGCAGCUCAAUGCCAACCAAAUCAAACAAGGUCCUCUCCAUAACUCCGCUUCCACAAGACAGAUACAAGUCAUUGACCCGCUUCCUCAGGCGCAAAGUCAACAUGUGAGCAGUCCCGUCUAUCCUGUUGGUGGAAGCUUUGGUGCAAAGCCGGCUCAUCCCGAACCUAACGUCACCGCCGGCGGCUCUGGUGGUGCGGUGGAUUCCUUCUACAAGCAAACCAGUAAACCAAACCACAGGUCCGUGGCACAGCUCCCCUCCAAUUCAUCCACUUCAAAUGCUGCUAAAAAGCCUGCCAUCGCCGUAAGAGGAAAAUGUUUACCCCACACGGAGGGCCGCUUCAGGGUAGAGGUGGGCUACCACUUAGGGUUGAUUGCUGUUUUCAAAUCCAUCGCCUCAAAGAACUAUGAACCUGCCACAAAGAUUUGGAGCUUCAGUCUGGAGGACUAUCAACAGCUAAUGGAAGAAGCGGCUGCUAUACCCUCCGUGUCCCUGAGGCCUUUGGAGGGAACGGAAUCAGUGGAUGUGGCCGAGGCCACCUGCCGAGCUCGCGACGGCGCAGCGCUGGGCGCUCUGCUGAAGCUGUGCAGCGGCUGGCAGAAACCUGGAGCCACUCUGCAUGGCACGUGCGUCAUGGUGUCUCCGGCGCGGUUUGAGGUUGACGUCGGUUACCACGCCGACGUCGUCGCGGCAUUCAAGCAGAUGCCGACCAAGAGCUACGACAUGAAAACCAGAAAGUGGAGCUUCUCACUGGGGGAUUACAAGAGACUCUUGGAUCUCCUCAGCGGGAUAGCAGCAGUGGAGGUGGAGCCUCUGCCCAAGGCAGUAGUCCAGGCAUUCUCUGCCAGGUUUGACGGGACUGAAGCCAGGUCUUUAGAUGUCCCUGAGGCCGACCUCUCCGCCAUCGACCCCUCGCUCACCUGCAGCCUCAUGCCCUUCCAGAGGGACGGAGUCAAUUUUGCGGUGUCCAAACAAGGCCGCCUCCUCCUGGCUGAUGACAUGGGCCUGGGAAAGACUGUGCAGGCCAUCUGUAUCGCAGCCUACUACAGGAGUGAGUGGCCCUUGCUAGUGGUGGCUCCCUCCUCUGUGCGAUUCACAUGGGCCGAGGCCUUCAGGCGCUGGCUCCCCUCCCUGAGUCCUGACAGCAUCAACGUGGUGGUGAAGGCCAAAGACGACCUGCGGUCCGGUUUGGUCAACAUCAUCAGCUACGACCUGCUGAGCAGGAUGGACAAGCUGCAGCUGGGACAUCGCUUCAAUGUUCUCAUCAUGGACGAGUGUCACUUUCUGAAGAACAUGAAGACUGCUCGUUGUAAAGCAGCUUUGCCGUUGCUGAAGGCUGCGAAGAGAGUGAUUCUUCUGUCCGGGACCCCUGCCAUGUCCAGACCCUCCGAGCUCUACACCCAGAUCCUGGCGGUCAGGCCUACACUCUUCCCUCGCUUCCAUGAGUUUGGGAUGCGCUACUGCGGCGCCACACAGUCGACCUGGGGGUGGGACUACUCCGGCUCCUCUAACCUCGGCGAGUUGAGGCUGUUGCUCGACGAGUGUCUGAUGAUACGCCGCCUCAAGUCCGACGUUCUGUCCCAGCUUCCCGCUAAACAACGCAAGGUUGUCACGGUGACCAUAGAUGGUGUCAACACCCGCAUUAAAGCAGCUCUGUCAGCUGCUGCCAAGCGGUUGGCCGAUGGACACCGAAAUAAAAAAGAAGAGAAACAAGCCCUCCUCGUCUUUUAUAACCACACAGCGGAAGCCAAGCUGCAGGCCAUUAUGGAGUACGUCACAGACAUGCUGGAGUGUGGGCGGGAGAAGUUUCUCGUGUUCGCCCAUCAUAAGCUGGUCCUGGAUCAUAUCGCCACCGAAUUGCUAAAAAAGAACGUCACCCACAUCCGCAUUGACGGGUCCACUCCGUCAGCGGAGCGGCAGCAGCUGUGUGAGAAGUUCCAGUUCUCGACCAAGACCUGUGUGGCUGUGCUGUCCAUCACCGCGGCUAACAUGGGUCUCACCCUGCAUGCCGCUGACCUGGUCAUCUUCGCUGAGCUGUUCUGGAACCCCGGGAUUCUCGUUCAGGCAGAGGAUAGGGUGCACCGUAUUGGACAAACCAGCAAUGUGAACAUUCACUACCUGGUUGCCAAGGGAACCGCAGACGAUCACCUGUGGCCUAUGAUCCAGGAGAAAAUGAAUAUCUUGGAGCAGGUGGGCCUGUCUGAAUCCAACCUCUCAGACAAAGCUGUGACCGCCAGCUUCCACUCGAGGGACACAAACCAGAGGGGCAUCAUGGAGAUGUUCCAGAGGUCUUUCACUGCAGGCGAAGAUGAAAUGGACGAAGACUUCUUACUGGAGGCUGCAAACGACUGGGAGGACACGCCGCCCCAAAACAACUCUCGGAGUUAGUUGACAAAUGAUGUUAACAUGACUCGGUUUUUAGCGCCGCAUCAUGACUGAUGUGAACAUUCUUUCAUUUGUUUUGUGAAAGUUAACAAAUGUAUCUGUGACAUUGAAGAGAUGUAAAACAAUAAUCUAACAUACCUGUUAGACAUUGUACAUUUGCUUUACGCUAAGAGAAAUUAAAUAAAUGACUAAAUGAAGUUUUUUU